AUGGAGCCCUCCCCCGCCGUCCGAGUCCGAUCCGCAGCCCUUGCCCGCGACACCAACGAGACCAAGAUCCAGCUGGCCAUCAACCUCGACGGCGGAGACUUUCCCACCGCCACCGACGCGCGCCUCCUCCAAGCCGCCACCGCGCACGCCUCUCAGUCCAGCAAGUCGCAGCGCAUCGCGGUAGACACCGGCAUCGGGUUCCUCGACCACAUGCUCCACGCCUUGGCCAAGCACGCCGGUUGGAGCCUCGCCCUCUGCUGCGAGGGAGAUCUCCACAUCGACGACCAUCACACCGCCGAAGACUGCUGCAUCGCCCUCGGCUACGCCUUCCACCAGGCCUUGGGCAGCCUCGCCGGAGUCGCUCGGUUCGGCUACGCCUACGCUCCUCUUGACGAGGCGCUCUCCCGGGCCGUCGUCGACCUGUCCAACCGUCCUUAUAGCGUCGUCGAGCUCGGGCUCAAGCGUGAAUGGCUUGGCAAGCUGAGCACCGAGAUGGUGCCGCACUGCCUGCAGAGCUUUGCGCAGGCCGCUCGCCUCACCCUUCAUGUGGAUUGCCUUCGAGGUGACAACGACCACCACAGGGCCGAGAGUGCGUUCAAGGCUCUCGCGGUGGCCAUCAAGAUGGCUACCGCUCGUGUCAAGGGAAAGGAAGGCGAGGUGCCCAGUACCAAGGGAACCUUGAGUGCCUAG